UCUGCGGAUUGAUCUCCUCCCAGACUUCACAAGCUUUUGUUAGUUUUCACAAAUUCAGUUGCAAAAUCAAUAUGAAAGCCUCAACGAAAAGUCAAAGCUCCGUUCGCGGUUGGUAUUCUCAUUGAACAGCCCCACGGGACCUCGGAAUAUCAGCGCAGACAACGUCAAUUCACUUGGUACUUGGAAAGCUCAUCCAUUAUUUUCACGCUGCUAUAAUAUGAUCGUUGGCAAAGUGUCCAAGGAAUAAUGGGAUAUGACGAGGGAAGUAGAGUAUCAAGAUCUCUGGUGUUAGGCGCCGGUGCAAUAAUGGUUGAGCAUCCCUAACGUGCCGAGUGCAUGCGCAAGAGUCUUAAUGUAACAUGCGGUGGCACGAGUCCGUUUAUGAAGGCGAACAAUGAAUAAUGAGGAGAAAACUGAUGUUGAGUUUGAUAUUUUCUGCCCCCGAGUAUAGUGAGGUUAUGCGAUUAUUUUAGCAAAUAAGCUGGAUCGAAAAAAAUUAGGGGGAAGGAGGUUCUGCGACUUUCCUGAUCGCACACGCUUCCGGUAGACGUUUGCCAACGUUACUUUAGCCCGAGAGCCGGCAAGUUGCGUUCGCCUGUUGUUAGAGAAAAGCUCGGUUUCUAACAGGUAGAGAAAAGAACGAGUGCGAGAGGGAAGGAGAGGGAAAGAGUGAGUGAGAGUGGGUGCGGCCAUCGAUGAGCGAGAACGUGUGAGACCCACAACGGAUCAAUACUCCCGGCUUCUUCGCGGCGACAGAACCGCCGCUGGAUUUACGCCGCUCGGUCGAGAACUGCGUGCCUCCGACCUCGUGUUUGUAAGCGUUUUUUAUCACCUCGCCGGUAUUUCGGUUCCGGUAUUAAUCUGAUUUCGGGCUGAAUCGAACGACCUCGUUGUUCUUCGAGGUUUCAUCAAAGUGCGUCAUUGAUUUUUCGUCCGAGGGGCUCGAAAUACGGGGUUUCGAAUAAACGCUCGCUUCGCGAAUCUUCGCUGCGGCGUGACUCGACGUUUUGCCCUGUCGCACCCUUACCAGCUCCCCCGGCAUAAGGAACAAACCAAUCCAACUCCAGCCCUCGACUCCGGCUUCGAAUCGAGUCGUUAGCAUGCAGCAGACUAAAAUUUCGGACAUAAAUCUCCGCUAAAAAUCUCAGUGCAAUCGAGACCAGUGAUUCUGUCUUGGAAAUUUUUCAUCGUCCAACUUCGAGUUACGCCUGAAACGUUUCUUGGAGCGAAAACGCGGAGGCUUCGAGGUAAUUAUUGAGCAUUGUUACGAGGGACGCGGCGAACAUGGCUUCGAAAGUGCUCGUGAAACUGCCUACGGUGCCAUUUUCUCAAGGUAAAAAAAACGCCCCGGAGCUGAUGACGUUACCCACGAAAAACGAGAGCACGACGCCGGCUCGAACGCAACAGAAUGUCAACGGUGACAGAGCAGCUCAGCUGGAACAGAAUAUGAAAUUUCUUCAGGAACAACAUCAAGCUACUCUCGUUGCUCUCCACCAAGAAGUCGAAACCCUUCGACAAAGACAUCGAGAUUUACAAUUUCAACUCGUCUUCGCGAAAAGCACAAACUGCGUUCAGAGCAGUCCUUCCUCGCCGGAGGAAAGUUCAAAUGGGUUUGUGAAAACAAAGGGAAGCCCAUUGAGUGUCAACGUUACACCUCUGCAGGUCGAACUUUUGGAAAAGGAUUUGCACGAGAUGAAGGCAUCCUUCAACGACGUCAAAAAGCACAAUCAGUCUCUUCAAGAGGUUAUUGACAAACAGAACAAAAAACUGCAACAAAUGGAAAAGCGCAAAGAGAAAUCGGAAGUGACGGAUGUGGGAAUACAAGUUGGGGAAACGAGCGACGAGGUAACGCGUGAUUUGGCAGCCCGUUUGGAGGAUGCUGAAGCGAUGAUAAGCCGCUUGAGACGAGAGAACGAAGAUCAUCAGAAGGAAAUAGCGACGAUAAAGGCCGCUUCGGCGAACACUGGAAACAGAAACGGCAGCGGGAGGAACCGAGGUCACGAUAACGGUCACCACAGUCGAGGGAGCCAUGGCAACGGGGGCCAAGGCUCGCAUUUUCACAAAUUUCCGCCCCUUCAGACGCAGAGCUAUUGGCACGGAGGGGCGAGAGGAAAUCACAGCUUCGAGCACAACACCGAAUACCACCGUAACGGGAGGAGACGGCAGCAGGACAAACAACAAGAUCGCGACGGUACAUCGGACGGCUCGUCACUGCCGCAGCUCCGGAACGCAAACGCGAAAGCAGAAUCUUCGAGUUAUCCACCGUUUUACCGAACGCGAGGUUAUCACGAUGAAGGUGGGGACUAUUACCGCGAGCGUGGCAACCGAAAGUACCGGGGACAGAGGUCACAGAGAGACUCGACCGAGGCGCAGGAACAUCGUCGAGAGUUUAAGGACCAACAGCAGAGAGAAGUGACUGCAAAUUCUUCGCAAUCUUCCAGAAAACAGUAAGAUUAAGGGCUCGUCGUGGAAGAGGGGCGAAGAGAGAGAGAGAGAGAGAGAGAGAGGGGCAGAGAAAAGAAACAAUUUUCACGUAUACAACAAAAAUUAUCUACGUUGUUGCAUAUUUAUCGCUUGCGCGGAAAAAUCUGUGUUUUAGUUCGCCAGAAUAGAACGAAAGAUAAUAAUCUACUCAUUCGGAGAUGAAAAGAAACGAAGGCGGAGAGGGAGGGCGACGAAGCAAGGGCAAAAGCGGGAGAAAGAGGAGAGAGAAAUCUUUAGUAGACGUAACUUUGGGAUGACGCGCAGUUUCAUUAAAUACUGAGUGAUCACGUAUUUCUCGUAUCGUAGCUCGGUGGCUAUAAUAAAAUGUAAGCCUGGCAUCCGGUAGGGUAGAACGAUCAUAAAAAAGUGUAUUGAAUAUUUACAAUUGUGUUAGAAGGCGAAAAUUUCGUCGCAUAUUUAAAAGAAAAAGGAAAAAGAAACGUACUGCAUUUAAUUCAUGAAUAGAUCGUGUAAAACGGAGAUAAAUCGCUGAAUUUUAGGGAGCGCAUACGCGUACUUAAUCUGUCGUAUUUAAAAUGGCGUAUCGAUUCUGCGACGACAGGAAACGGGGCUGAAAGUUUCUCAAAGUGCGAGCGACCGCGAAACAUCGUGACGAGAAAAAAGCGUUGACGAUUACAGAGAAAGCAUGGUCGAAAUCAUCGCCCACGGCAAAGGGCUCGAAGGUGCGAAAACGAGAAGCACACGAGAGACUCGAGUAGUCGCGAGUCCCGUUGAAACCUCACGAGAGCAACGAUACCCUCUUAAACUUCUUCAUGUACGCAAUCUUCGUGUUUUUUGGUACAUAUAUUCUUCGGCUCUUCGGAAGGAGCUUCGGCCAGGCUGCGGGAGACGAAAACGAAGGAAUAACUUGGAGCGAAGUUCCGUGCCGUUUGUAAGAGACGAAAGAGCGCGCGCGACCAUCAACUUUUCAUUCACGAUUCGUCAUUCCUUCGGUAUACUCGCUCUCGACGCGCGGCGUACGCAUUCGACGAACGAACGACCAGAUUUAAAAUCAUUCGUGUAGACACACUAUCACCUUUUCCCAUAUAAUCGUAUAUGCUUUUUCGUAAUUGAUCUUAAUAUCCUAAUGACGAAAAAUCGAUGACAGUUGUCCGAGGCUGGCGAGAGAUUACUCAGUAUCGUUUUAUCUUCCAAACUCUCAUUUUCCGACUAUGUGUUUCCUUCGAAUAAGUCAGAGUGUUUCCUCACGCACAGCUUUUAUCGGGAAUCCGUUUUUUGAUCCUGCUUCCGAAAUCGUGUUUCUCAGAGCCGCGCGCUCCUACACGAGGAGCAAACCCUCGUCCAAGAUUUUUAAACACGCGUCAGCUAAAUAUCGUAUUCACACGGAUUUACCGAUACCGUACGAAAAUAUACGCGUUACAGUUGAUUAUCGUCUCUGAAUAUUUACGUUAUUAUUGUUACUGAAAGAAAUUUAACUAAUGAAGGCUGUUUGUGGCGAGCACACGCGAGCAGAAGUGGAACUUGUAAAGUUCAUGUUUGCACGGAUUAGAGCCCACCGAGAAUCCAAACAUCUGUACUGUCGCUCCAUCGUAUAAAUAUUAUAAACGUACCAUUCGUUGCUUCUUGGAAUAAUUCAUUCCCAAUCCGGACCACGCAGCGAUGAAACGGCCUCGCUGCUUUUGCGCCAAAAUCACUUCGAGAGGGAGAAAUUAAGGAGGAGUUCUGGACAGUUUUUAUCGAAAUCGAGACGCGGAGGAUUUUUGCUACCAACGUAAAGUUCAUUGGCGCUAUUUUCUUCGAGGAAUUUAUAAAUACUCCUCCCAAAAGCGAGGACACGAUAUCACUGCGUAUCACCAGCCGGAUUGGGGGCUCAAACGAGUGGGAAAAAUCGAAAAUCCCGUAAAGAUGGAAUUUUGGAAGCCUCCGUACGAAAUUUCCUCAAUAACUUUGCCUUUUUCAUCGCGAACGCAAAUCGAGGCAUUAUCGUUGUGCAUCACCCGGUUACAUCCUGCCUGGCUAUUGAAAUCUAACGAAGCUUUCACUAUUCCCAAUUCCUUCGUCCACAUUGAAACGGGAUACGGAAUCACCGAGUUUUUGCUUACAAUAUUCGGCAGGAGCAAACUUCGUUGAAGCAUAUUCAAUGACCAGAUCGAAGGGUAACUUGAUUGCAGAACAUAAAAUAUGAGGUACAAGACUAUGAGUAUAUAUAUAUACUUAAAGAUAUAUAUAUGUAUGCUUGAAUGGGUGAUAUAUUAAAUCGAUUAAAUAAAUAUCGCACAAACCGA